AUGGUGAUAUGUGACAUACAAGACACCAUCGGCCAAAGCGUGGCAUCUGAAAUCUCCGGCCAAAACCCCAACUCAAAAAUCCAAUAUCAACACCUCGAUGUAACAGUCAGAUCCGAGUGUAAUGCCGUCGUGGAAGCCGCAGUCCGCUUCCUUGGUAGAUUGGACAGUUUAGUCCACGCAGCGGGUCACAUUCAUCGAGAUGCAGCCGAGACCAUCGCCGACAGCGAGCUGGAUUAUAUGCUAGAUGUCAAUGUCAAGGGAACGAUCUUCGUGAACCAGGCUGUCUUCCCCUAUCUCAAGAUUCAGGGCGGCACGAUUCUGAACUUCGGGUCUGAUUUUGCGUCAGAGCCGCUGCCUCUUCUGGCUCACUGCGCUGCUUCGAAGGGUGCCGUGCAGAGCGUUACAGGGGCUGUGGCGCGUGAGUGGGGGAAGUAUGGGAUUCGUGUUGAUGCGGUCCUACCGGCUGUUUGGACACCCAUGAUUGAUGGCUAUCGUGAGAAUCUUGAGGCGGAGAGUGUUGUGGGCCAUGAUGUUUGCAUGGAUGGUCGAGUUUGUCUUGGGGAGAAGUUUGGGGACGUUGAAGGUUGA